CCAAACGGAGCCUCGCCCUUCUGCCCCUGCCCCUUUCCACCCCAACCCACAAACCUGCCCUUCUUCCCCGUCCCUCACCACAGUCCCGCCCUUCUGCCCCGCCCCUUACCACCCCAACUCACACACCUGCCCUUCUGCCCCGCCCCUUGCCACCCCAACCCACAGCCCCGCCCCUCCGCCCUGACCUCUGACCUUAUCCACCGGCCCCUCCAGACCAUUUGAUCCACUGCCCCUCAGGGCUCUGUCCCCUGGUGUGGUUUAUGGAGGCGAGCGGAGACCCAAGCCCCGGGACUUCGCGCCGUGGCCUUAGAUCUGAGGAACAUGAGGGGUCGGACCCUCGGGAGAAGGAGCAGGCGGCCGCCGCCGGUGAGGGGUGCAGGUUCUUUGGCUGUCGGGAGGCCCCAGUACCGGUUGUGUUGAGAGGCGGAGGGCCCCAGCUCAGCGCCGGCACCUUCCCACUACUGUUCGACCCGGACGGGAGGCUGGUCAGAGAGUCUUACUUUCGUAAACUCAUAUUCAAGGAGGGUGGUGUGGAUCCCAGUAUUCGUAAGGAUGUAUGGAAGUUUCUGUUUGGGAUGUAUCCCUGCUCCUCCACAACUCGAGAGCGUAAAGUGCUGGCACUGGAGCGCUAUGUUCGCUACAAGAUGAUGAAGUGUCGGUGGCAGACCCUAAUGCCAAGUAGCAGGAGGAUGAGGGUGGAUGAGACUGACACACAGCUUUAUGAAGCAGCUCUUGCUUAUCAACAAAGGGGCAGUGGCUGCAAUCUUAAAGGGCAUGAAAUGGAUCUUUCGGAGGAGAAGACUGAGCAGAUAUCCUUCAUAGAGCUGCAGGCAAAGUUUUAUGUAGACCGUCAGAAAAUCAAUGUACGUGAACUGCAUGAAGCAAUUAGGAUCAUAGACAAAGAUGUGCCUAGAACUGAACGAGUCUUGGAUUACUAUCAAAAUGAAGGUGUGAUCAACCUUUUGGUGUUGAGAGAUAUACUGAUCACUUUUGCAGCAUUUCAUCCAGACGUAAGCUAUGUUCAAGGCAUGAAUGACCUCGUUAGCCGCUUCUUGGAGGUACUGGACUCUGAAGUGGAUGCAUACUGGUGCUCUACAUUCUACUUUGAGGAGAUUUCUUAUGAUUUCAAAGAAGAAGGUUUGAUAAGGAAAAUCAGACUUGAGGAGCAACUCCUAAAGGAACUUGACCCGCAACUUUACGCUCACCUCCUGAGGGAUGGUAUGAAUGGACUCACCUUCUGCCACAGGUGGCUGCUGCUGGGGUUUCAACGAGAGUUUGAGCACAGCGACGCAAUCCGUCUGUUUGAGAUCCUCAGCAGUCACCACCUCGAGCUAAACUCACUGGAGGCAGAAAGUGCCCGUCAUUCGGAGAGAAUGACACAUUUCCAGAGGGCAGAAGGCAAGAUUAUGCCUGAGUUGCCAUUGACCAAUAAUGAUUACACCUUUGAACUUUUCAUCUGUGCCGCAAUCUUGCUAGAAAAAAAGGAACUGCUACUAAAAUGCUCAGAUGAAGCAGAACUCAUCCAGUUUACUAACAGCUUGCAGGGGACGCUCAACUUGGACUGUGUUCUUGAAAGAGCAGAGCAAGCAUUCUUCAGUUACUGCAAUAAAUCUGUGCUGGACUGUUUCAAGAAACUCUGUACAGAACAGAAGAAAAAGAGCUCCUUUAAGUUUAAGCUGAUGGAUUUGUUUUCCUGACAGCCAACGUUCACCGAUUACUUCAAGGUUUAUGACCAGCAAGGAGAAGUAUUUCCCUGCAAUUCAGGACUCCACACCUGCAUUUGCAAAGGCAGUCUCCAAAAAUAAGUAUGCCUUUGCAGGAGCCUUUUGACCUUUUUACAUUGUAUCUUUAAGCCUAAUUGGUUGAUUGGUCAGUCUUAUCACUGAGGUUCCAGCUACAAAAGUCUUGCAUUUAAGAACACAUGAUUUUAUUUUCCAUUGGGUUUGGUCCUUUGCUGUGUUCAGCAAUUCUCCUUCAAUGACGAGAUGCACAAGAUUGGAUAAUGUUGGUCCUACUGAGACUUCUCAAUUAGGCAUGACCGCUUCUUGUCAUGAGGUGAUUGUCUGUCACCAUUAAAGUUCCUCAGCUCAGUGCUUUCCUACAACAUAGCUGAGACUGGGAGUGUAUUGUGACAAGAACCCUGGCUAGGAUCUGCCAUUCUACCACUUGGUCUGUUAAUUCUUUAAUAAAUUAACUGGCCCUGUACUGAUAUAAAUGGUUCAUAAACUGCAUUUAGGCCCUACCAGAGAUACUUUAGUGGGCUGUAAAGAAUCUGCAUUUCUGAAAUAUUUCACUUCACUUUAAAAUUUUUGCAGUGGGGGGAAAAAAAUCUUGAAUAGAUCUUUCAUAAUUGUUACUAAAUAAUGUUAAAUAAAAUGUGAUCCUGGUAUUGAGCUUUCCUUCAUUUAAGUCCAUUAAAAUUUAGUAAGAUUUUGUAUGAUGUAUUGAAACUCUUCUGUUAAGCAUUGACCUCUGAACACUGCCCACAUAAUUAUACAGAAGGGCUCAAUUUCACUGAAAAUAUAUGAAUUCAUUUUGUGCCCUUUAGGAUUCUCCAAAGUUCUCAUUGGCUGCCCACGUUUUUAAAGCAGUGUGUUCACAGCAAGCUCCCACAGCAACAGUGAGAUUAAGGACCAAAUCAGUUCUCUGGAGUUAUUUGAGGUUUUAUUAUUAACUGGGACACCAGGGAGAAUUGAAAGACACCACCUGUGACAGCACAGCACUUCCUCAGAAAACCGUAGAUGGAGUGACUGACCAUUACUGAAUCUAGGACACUGCCCUGAAGAACAUUGUGAUGUGGGAUGAUUGUUGUCCAGCAACUGGAUCCAUCUUCCUUUGUACCAGGUGUGACUUUAACUGUUUAUAAAGACAGUUUUGAUUAGGAAAAGAAAAGCACUUUCAGCACUGACUUGUUGAUUAAAAUUCCUUUCAAGAAGAGUCCACCAUUCGUUAGGUACAAACCUGUGGCUCACUGCCUCUUAGUCAUUGAGUGCGGUAUCUGAAUCCUGUUUUCAGACUCCAGCUUAGUUUGAAGGUGCGUCCUUUCUCCUCUUGAAAUACUAUGAUAUAAUAUUUGAUAGCUCCCAAAGCAAGUUGGAGCAGAAUCAGAUUCUAGUUAACUGAAAUCCAAUUCCUUCUCCUCAACAUCAUAAAUAUUCCAUUACCUAAAGUGCAACUCACUAUUUUCUUUCCUAUCCGGAGCAUUCUCAGACCUACAAAUUAUCACUCUAGCCUCUUUCUUUAGCUAAGUUUCACUGACUUUGUUCAUACGUGUUAGUUCACUAAUUACAGUUGCUUGGAAAUCUACCAUUUCAUAUUUUGCAUGUGUGGUACAUUUCUCCGCACAGAAUUCCCAGAACUGUUAUAAUGUGGCGCUGAUUCUCAGAGCAAUGCUAUUCUUGUCGUCUUGUAGUGACCCUACACAUUCUUCCUUUUCAGAUAAUCAGUACCCUCUUGAAAGCUUUGAUUGAACCUGCCUCCACCACACACGCAGGUAGUGCAUUUCCGAUCUUAACUAGUAGCUGUGUAAGUGUUUCCACAUCUCCGUUACUUUUGCACAGCUACUUUACAUCUGUGCAAAAAAAAUGAAAGAACUGCAAAUGCUGGAAAUCAAAAACUAAAAACAAACUGCUGGAAAAAAAUCUUAGAAGGUUUGGCAGCAUCUGUGGAGAGAAAGCAGAGUUAGCACUUUGGGUCCAGUGACCCUUCUUCAGAACUGGACCUAAAACGUUAACAAGUUGUAGAGCUGGAUGAACCCAGCAGGCCAAGCAGCAUCAGAGGAGCUUGGCCUGCUGUGUUCAUCCAGCUCUACACCUUAUUAUCUCAGAUUCCCAGCAUCUGCAGUUCCUACUACCCCUGAAACGUUAAUCCUUCUUUCUCACCGCCUUACACCUGUGCCCUGAUUCUUUGAUCCUUCCAUCACACAAACAGUUUUUCCUUACUAUUCUGCCUGGACCCUUAAAGAUUUUGAAUAUCUCUAUCAAAUCUCUCCUCAACGGCCAUUUCAAGGAACAUAGACCCAUCUCCCUCAAUCUAGCUGGUAACUAAAAUUCCUCAUCCCUAAACCAUUCUUUAGAACUGGAUACAUUCAACCUAAAUUUCUUGCUGUUGUUCUCUGUACCCCUGUUCAUAAAGCCUUAGAUACGGUAAGUUUUAUUCACUAUAUUUCUUGCUGAAUUCACAUGACUCAGUCAUAUGGAAUAUAGAAAUAGGCCUCUCUAGUCCAGUCUUAUGUUCUUUGUUUCAUACAAUCCUCUCCCAACCUACCAGUUUGCUAUUCCUUUCUCCCAUUGUUAUUCCAGCUUCCCGUUAAAUGAACAUAUUUAUUGUAAAUCACCCUCCUGGCAGUGAAUUCUAAAUUCCCACUGUCUUCUGGGGUGAAUAGGAUUCUUCUGAAUUCAUCAAUGAUUAACUUACUAGAGAAAUAUAGAGAUGCAAUUGUAUGUUUUCAAUUACAACAAAAGGUUGUCUAAAAACUUGCUCUGGGCCCAACUUCACAUGAGCCUGGUUAGAAAAUAUUUAAAAGGCCAAAUAGCUUUCUUUGAAGGCUGUAUCGUAUCAGUGCAGGAACACAACGCAUUAUUUUGCAUCAAAAAAGCAAAAUACUGCAGAUGUUGGAAAUCUGAAAUAAAAGAAAAUGCUAGAAAUAGGCAGCAUCUGUGGAGAGUUAACAAUACACAUCAACCCAAAAUAUUAACUCUUUCUGUCUACAGAUAUUGCUUAACCUAUGACUAUUUCUACUGUUUUCUUUUAUUUACGAUUAUUGUCUAACUUGUUUUAAAAUAGGAGACAUAAAUAUAUAUGAAUGGGAGAAGGGUUUUAAAAAAAAGACUAUAAAACCAGCAUUAACAAAAUAAGUUAGUUCACAUUUUAUUUAAAUUGAUGUUCACUGUAAAGCUUUUUGUAAAAGUUCCAGUUCCUUUCUUUGUGGUUUCGUAACAUUAGUGCAGCCAUAGUCCUGUAGUUGAAGGGGAAUGUAUUUUUCCAGGAGUGGCAGGCUCUGUCCAGCAGGGCUGCUGUACAGCCCGGUCCAUGAUGGGUUAAAUUCCCCCUUGUAUCCAAAGAAAGCAAUGCUCUCUGUAAGUGAAUAAAGAAUAUAUUGUCACUCGUGUGGUGUGCUGCAAACAUGAAUCAUUCUGUCUUGCUGAGAAAAGCUGUAAAUGUUAACUUAGUUUGCUUGGAUUGGUCUGCUUUUAACUAACCAACCUUUAAAAAUAAACCUGAUACUUUUGUUUUUUGCAUUUGCUUCAAUUGAUUUAACC